UUCAGGAGUAGCUCAUCAGCCAUUCGCCCGAGGAGCGUAGUGAGUUGCUCUUACGGUCUCAAGACUUGAGUAUGUGAGUGUGUGUAUUCAAACAGGCAAACAUUUCUUUCGUUCUUGCAAAUAAACUAACUUCUUGACUAAGAAGAGGAGGAAACUGUGAAGAAGUAACAGGAGGAGUUGAAGAAAUGAGGAUGGAAAGCAGUGAAGAAGAUGAUGAUUUCCCUGCAAUUGAGAGUGUGACCCCACAGCACAAGAUCGACACCAUUUAUCAAUCCAAUACGGAAAAGGGCAUCAGAAAGAUUUGCUUUGAGCUUUUGGAUUUAAAGGAUGCUGUGGAAAACUUGUGUGGUAAUAUGCGAACAAAGUACUCAGCUUUUUUGAGAUUAUGUGAAGAAGUUGUGGAAACGGAGCAUGAGUUAAAUGAUCUACGAAAGCAUAUUUCUGCUCACGGAAUCCUUCUUCAGGAUUUGAUGACUGGUGUUGCUCGAGAAUUGGAAGAAUGGACCCAUGUGAAUGAUGACAUUCAGGAAGUUGAGUAUAGACCUCAAGUCCUUGAGCUUGAUAAUACCUUUUCAACUGAAGAAGUGGAUCAAAGGAUGGUAUUCUUGGAAAAUAUAGAUGUUCUCUUGGCCGAGCACAAAAUGGAUGAGGUGAUAGAGGCCAUAGAUGCUGAGGAAAGAAGUCAUCCAGAGCUCAAAAUUUCUGCUGACACGUCAACUAAUGAACCAUCUUUCUACAGGACUGCUUUGUUGGAAAGAAAAUUGAUACUUGAAAACCAGCUUGUUGAUACAAUUGAGCAACCAUCAAUUGGCAUUGGUGAAUUAAAAAAAGCUUUAUCUGGCUUGUUGAAGCUUGGGAAGGUUCCCCUUGCACAUCAGCUACUUCUCAAGGCAUAUGGAUCACGCCUCCAAAAAAGCAUUGAGGCGUUUCUUCCACUGUGUCCUUGUUACCCUGAAACAUAUUCAACAUCAUUGUCAAACCUUGUUUUCUCUUCUAUUUUGUUGACAACAAAAGAAUCUGCUAACUUGUUUGGUGACAAUCCUGUUUAUAGUAACAAAAUUGUUCAGUGGGCAGAAUGGGAGAUUGAAUCUUUCGUAAGGUUGGUUAAGGAACAUGCUCCAUCUUCUGAUAGUGCUACUGCUUUACGUGCGGCUAGUGUGUGCAUUCAGGCUAGUCUCAACCAUUGCUCUGCCCUGGAACUGCAGGGACUUAAACUUUCAAAAUUGCUCUUGGUGCUUCUACAACCAUAUAUCGAAGAAGUCUUGGAAUUAAACUUUAGAAGGGCUAGAAAACAAAUUCUUGAUUUUUCGGGAAGUGAUGAAAGCAUGCCGUUAUCACCUCGAUUUGCCUCUCCUCUGACUACUUUUGCAACUUCAUCUGACAGUUCGCUUGUUGAAAGUGGAAUCAGGUUUAUAUUUAUCAUCAAAGACAUAGUGGAGCAGCUCACUCAUCUGGUCAUUUUGCACUUUGGAGGCAAUAUAUUGACAAGAAUUUCACAACUUUUUGACAAAUACAUCGAUGUAUUGAUUAAAGCCAUACCUAGCACCUCUGAAGACGAAAAUCUUACGGAUCUGAAAGAUGUCCCUUUUAGAGCUGAAACAGAUUCUCAGCAGCUUGCAUUAUUAGGAACUGCUUUCACUAUUGCUGAGGAACUAUUGCCAAUGGUAGUAUCCAAAAUAAGGAACAUUUUGAAUGAAAGCAAGGAAGCAGGAAUUGGACCUGUGGAAAAUGUAAUGCCUUCCGCAAAUAACACAUUGGAGUCUAAAGAUUGGAGGCGUCAGCUUCAGCAUUCCCUCGACAAACUUAAGGAUCAUUUUUGCCGACAAUAUGUUGUUAGUUUUAUCUACUCCAGAGAUGACAAAACACGAUUAGAUGCACAGACUUAUUUACAAGAAAAAGAGGAGGGUUUGUUUUGGGAUUCUGAUCCACUUCCAUCACUACCAUUUCAGGCACUAUUUGGGAAGCUGCAGCAAUUUGGAAUUGUAGCUGGAGAUGUUUUACUGGGAAGAGAAAAAUUACAAAAAGGCUUACUAGCUCGUCUAACAGAGACACUGGUGCUAUGGUUAGCAGACGAGCAGGAAUUUUGGGGUCACCUAGAGGAUGAUUCAACUCCUCUAAGGCCUUUAGGGCUGCAGCAGUUGAUUUUAGAUAUGCACUUUACUGUGGAGAUUGCACGCUUUGCUGGGUAUCCAAGCAGAAAUCUACAUCAGGUAGCAUCAUCCAUAAUGGCUCGUGCAUUCAGGGCAUUUUCUGCCAGAGGCGUGGAUCCUCAAAGUGCCCUACCUGAGGAUGAGUGGUUUGUGGAGACUGCAAAAGGUGCAAUAAACAGACUUCUUCAAGGAGCAUCUGGUUCAGAUACAUCAGACGAGGAUCAUAUCAUCAUGCAUGAUGAUGGUAUCUCGGACCCUGAUGCAUCACCAUCUUCCCUUUCAUCUAUGGAUGGCUCCGGCUCUGAGUCAUUUGCCUCUGCAGAAAUGGGUGAUCUGGAAAGCCCCGUCUUCUCGGAUACCGAGAGCUGAUUCAUUCAAGCUGUUAACUUAGUCUGGAACGAUUGUAGAGAGAAUUUUGUUGAAGAUCUAUAUGCCUGUGAUAGUCUCUCUGUUAUGUAUGUGUUAAUGAUGCUGUUAUAGGAUAGCUUGCCAGAUAGAUGACACUCAUUGCAUGUUUAGUAGCUCCAGAAUUAAAUUAAGCAUCAGGAAUAUAAGCAAUCGAUCUUGUACAAGUGCCGUUAAACACUUGAGUUGUAGGAUUAUUAUUACUAUUAGAGCAUUAUUAGAGCAAAUGGCGCCGAAUGUCAUCAAAUUAUCGGCUUUUGACCA